AUGGUUACCGAAGGAACACCGUCGCAGGGACCUGGUCAAAGGGAAGAGUCGGGUGAAAAUCUAGACGUCCCAAAUGACCAGACACGAUUUACAGCAUUGGAACUGCAGGUCCAAACUCUGAAUCAGGGUAUGGACCAGUUGAUCCAACAAAAUGCAGCACUCCUGCAACACCUUGUUCCACCGGUUCAACAGGGCUUGCCACGCCAAGACCUCUCGAAUCCAAACAGGGGUAAUGGGAAUCUGGAAGAGCAGGAUACUCAUCCUUCCCGACAUGAGACCGAAGUUGAGCAAAGCCAGGUGGGAAACCGACAUAGAGAGGUGAUCCACCCCUUUCUUCCAUGGAGUUCCCGACCCCAUGAGGACACGACUGUCAUUGAAAAGACCGAGGAAAUUUCCCACGUUGACCUAGAGAUGCAGGAUCUCAAGGCAAAGAUAGAGGGUGUGAUGCAGGCCAUGAAGGGAAAAGGCAUUGCAGCCAUAGAUGGUUUGGUGCAGAAGACCAACUUGCCAUUCAGCCCCUCAGUUAUGAAAUGCCCUUUGCCAAGCAAAUUUAGAAUGCCCACAAUUGAGAGUUUCGACGGAACUAAAGAUCCCCUCGACCACUUGGAGACUUUUCAGGCGCUUAUGCACCUACACGCGAUGCCGGAUGAGAUCAUGUGCAGGGUUUUCCCAACGACUCUUAAAGGAUCAGCACGGGUAUGGUUCAACAAACUAAAGCCAGGAACCAUCGAAACCUUUGAAGAAUUGAGUAAGGGCUUUGUGGGCCAUUUCAUUACUGGCCAAAGGCAUAGAAGGUCGGCUACCCACCUCCUUACUGUGAAGCAACAGAAGGGAGAGUCACUGCGAGAUUACAUUAGUCGUUUUAACACGGAGAUGUUACAGGUGGAGGAAGCGGAUGACAAGGUGGCCCUAGCCGCCUUCAUGGGAGGACUUCAAACCUCAAUAUUUCUCUUCUCUUUAUCAGAGGAACCUCCUACCAACAUGGCCGAGUUAUUGGUUCGAGCUAAAAGACAUACGAAUGCUGAAGAUGCAAUGAUUGCGAGAAAGGGAAAAGAAGGGGAGGAUAAGAAGUCAGACAAGAAAAGGCCGACCCUGACGAUCAGAGAUGAAAAGGAAACCAAGUAUAAGAAACCCAUGGUCAACCAGAAUGAAAGGGCAUCUCGCUAUAAGAACGCGGAGAGGUAUACAAAUUACACUCCUUUAAAUAUGCCAAUAGAUCAAGUUUUCCUGCAGAUCCAGGAUGAACUAUAUCUGAAGUGGCCACCGAAGUUGAAGUCAGAUCUGGCAAGGAGACCUCAUGAUAAGUAUUGCAGGUUCCAUAAAGACCAUGGGCACGCUACAGAGGAUUGCUUUGACCUUAAGGAUCAAAUUGAGACUCUGAUCCGAAGGGGGCACAUACGAAAGUUUAUUGUUGGGAAUGACAGAACCGACAUUAACCCACUAAGAGCAGGCCGAGACAACCACCCUCCUGAUCAACAACCAAUAGGAGAGAUCAGGGUCAUAGCUGGGGGGUGUGCAGGAGGUGGAGAAUCGAGCUCAGCCCGUAAGGCCUAUGCUAGGAGAAUGCGAAGCUCAUCUGAGGUGUGCGAAGUAGGAGUACAGAUUCAACAUCGAAAGAUGCCUCGUUUAGGUGAUCCAGUUAUUACAUUCUCAGAUGAAGACAUGAAGGAUAUGCAGCAACCUCAUGACGACCCUCUUGUCGUCACCAUGAUGAUCGCUAACUAUAAUACUCGGCGAAUCUUGGCAGAUAAUGGAAGUUCAGCUGAUAUCAUUUUUCUUGAUGCAUUCAGCAAGAUGAAGAUUGGUAAGGAGAAACUCAGACCUACUAGAUCACCAUUGGUGGGAUUCAUGGGAGACAAGUUCUAUCCUCUAGGAGCAGUCAUCCUUCCUGUCACUGCAGGAACCAGCCCAAAACAAGUCACUGUCAUGGUCGACUUCCUGGUGGUGGAUUGUCCAUCUGCUUACAAUGUCAUCCUAGGAAGAGCGACCUUAAAUUCGAUAAGGGCCAUCACUUCGACUUAUCACCUAUUAAUGCGCUUCCCUACCGAGCAUGGCAUGGGCGAACUAAGAGGAGAUCAGUCCAUUGCCAGAGAAUGCUAUGUUGCCUCUCUCAAAGAAAAGAGACAGCAGGAGGCUUUGAUUGUCGAUGAAGUUGAAGAGAAUGAGCAAGACCGGGCUAAGCCAAUCGAGGACUUGGUGGAGAUAUGCUUGAAUGACACUGACAUAACAAAAAAGGUGAAGAUAGGGUCUCUGUUCUCCUCAGAUUUCACAAAUAUUCUUAUACAGUUCCUCAGACAGAAUUAA